UGUUGCGGCGGAGGCGGAGGACCACUCGCUCUUCUUGUCUCCUCUUUAUCACUUUAUCUGCAUGACUUCCUCGUUCCAGCUACCAUGACUGCGCUGGACAACAUGGGAGAGGGCUCGACGCAAGGGAGCGGCAAGUCAUCGCGUCUGUCGCUCCGGCAAGGUCGCAAGCGAGCCCUCAACUCAGACAUCUCUCCGGCUCCAGAGCCCAGAACCAGCCAUCGUUUUCGCACCUCCAGUUCAAGUGACACUGACGACAGAAAUAAAACACCACCAAUGCUGCGCAAAAUGAGCCUGGGGAGGAAUGCAACAAACAGCAGCAGUCGGCGUACAAGUGGAGGCUCCUCUCAGGCCAGUGGCAGCCUGGGGGCAAGCACAGGGGAAUUGGGGAAUGGCGGAGGACGGGUCACAGGAGUUUGUCCUCUGGCCAACCUUGGCAACACCUGCUUCCUCAACUCUGUCUUGUAUGCCCUGAGGUUCCUCCCAGGCUUCACCCACGACCUGCACCAUCUUCACAUGCACCUCCAGGCAGCAGGCAAUCAGAGUGAUGCCAACCUGGAUCAGCGCAUUCAGUUCCUGUCAGAGUUACAUCGUGUCUUCGUGAGUCUUGGCCAGGAGGAGCGAGGACUGUCCGAGAGCAAACGGAUUCCAGCCUUCCAGCCCUACGAUUUUUUAGAAGCCCUCAGAGUGGUAAACCCAAUGUUUGAGGGGAACCGGCAACAGGACGCCCACGAGCUGCUUCACUGUCUCCUGGAUCAGCUGUGCCACCUGCCUCAGGACUUGCGUCAGGGCAAGCCUAAUGGGGUGUUAGGGCCAGAGGCAUCCAAGAUGGAGCAGGAAGAGGAGCCAGGGUUCCCAGAGCCGAAGAGAUUACGCCGCAGGUCGGAAAGGAUUCAGGCGAUAGAGGAGGACUCCAGCAAGUUAUUCUGUUCCUCUCCACAGGCUGUUGAUGUUGUGGGCUCAAAAUUUGUAGGGCGAAUGUGCCUUGAAACAUGCUGCUCCGAGUGCGAGCAGGUGACAGGACGGGAAGAGAAUUUCCUUGAGGUCUGUGUUCCUGUCAAGACCAAGGCUGACUUUGAUGAGGACGAGAACGUGAGUGAACCUCAGGUGUUUAUGUCAGCACUGUGCGAGGAGGAAUGUCUGCGCGACAACAACAAGUACUGGUGUGACCACUGUUUCCACCACAAUGAGGCGCGUCGCUCGGUCCACUACUCCCAGUUGCCACACCACCUUGUCAUCCAUGUUAAGCGCUUUAGCUCCUACCACAGGAAUAUGUUUACUGCCAAGUGCAGUGAGGCCAUGCCAGCACCCUUAGAGCUGUCAUGCUUCUGCCGGGGAUGCCUCACGGAGCAGAUCAAAAAGCAGGCUCUGAUGGAGCUGGCCAGGGACGACAAAGGAUCCAAACCCAGUUCCAGUAGCAAGCUCAGUUCAGGCCACCUGCCAUACCACUUGACGGCAGUUGUCUGCCACCUGGGUGCCACCCUCUCCUCAGGACACUACUUGUCUUUUGUGCGUCUGAGUGCACUAGACUCAUCAAGAUGCCCAGAGCAGCAGGUUGCACCACCAUCUCAGCCAGUUUUUUCACAGCCAGUAAGCAGCACCAAAGUGGAGUGUCAGUGGAUCAAGUGUUGUGGUCUGCAGCUCGAUCACAUACGUCCACUGUCAGGACUGAAUGGCCACAUGGACAUAGAGGAGGAUGGUAAAGGCAGUGAGAGGGAGAGUCUAUGGCUUGAGUGUGAUGAUGAGAAGAUCAAACUUGUAAGCGCAGCAGAAGUGAGUGACAUGAUGCGGACCACUAUCAUCACCCCGUACCUUCUCUUCUACUCACGUCUCUGAUCCCCUGACAGACGCUAGGUUGCAUUGCAUCCAGGGUCUCAUCUCAUCAUCUCAAGCUCUUCCUUCUGGGAUGCCCAAAUGCGCUUGGGUGAUGCGUAAUUAUGUGUCUCUUAGGGAAUUUUAGCGUGUGACAGUAAGAGAUGUGGUCACAAAGAUGAUGCAGUAUGAAAUAGUGAAAAAAUGACUGCCAAUAUUUCCCAUGUCUUUCUGAAGCUCAACCUCAGAGGUGAGGAUAGUGCCUGCAUUCCCCAAGAGAGGGAAUGAAAAAGAAAGUGAUAGACAGCCACCAAGCACCCACUCACUACCUCCAACAUCAGGUUCUGCUCAUAGGAAGACCUAAACAACGCUAUUCUCUCAAGGGUACCGGUGCCUACGCCAAACUUUCACAGUGAUAGAGAUUGUCCAACCUAGUGGGAGGGCAGGGCAAGCCUCCAAAGGAAAGGCAGCAUACACACUUGUCAAUAAGUGAGAGAGUAGAGGUCAGAAGAGGUCACAGGUAGAGGACACUGCUCACAGACACGGGCAGGACUCAUUCAGGUUUGGUUCUCCUUUUUGGUAGAGGAUUUUUAUUUUUUGGAACAAAUAGAACGAAAAUGUUUCUUCUCCUUCUUUUUCUCUUUUAUUUAUCCAGUGGUGAAGCCAGUGAAUGGAAGCAAUUUGGGGAAAGAGGAAUUUUUCAUUUGAUGUCACAAGAAAAUAUAUAUAUGUGAAAAUUACAAGAUAAAAGUUUAGAUAGAACCUUAUUAGGUUGAAGGAAAAGGAGAAUUUAUGCUUUUCUGUUAUUCUAAAACAAGUAAUGAAUUUUUAAAAGUAAUGACUUCAUAUCAGUGGGAUGUAGUCAUCCUUUCUUUCAGUUCAUGGUUAUAAGGGGCCUAUAGAGAGAGAAAAUGUUAAAAUCACAUUUCUUUAAAAAAUAUAUCCAAAAAAUAAAAAAAUAAAAAAAAGUUAUAUAUAUAUAUGUAGCACAGCCAGAAAAUAGAUCACUUUAGCCCAAAAAAAAUUUGUGUCUUUACAACACAAAGUCCCUGUACUUGUUGGGGUGGGAGGAGGGGCAGGCUAGAUACUGGAAGUGCAAGUCGAGCAAUGCUUAGCACAAACAUUACCCUGUUGUUUACUGUAGUGUUCUCUUGUAAAUACAAAGUUUCUUAAUAUAUUUUUAUAUUAGAUUUUUUGUCAUACUGAGAUGAACUAGUGAUCACUGGUCAUGAUUACUAGGUGGCUUUUCACAAAAAGAACUUUUUUUUUUUGUCUUUUUUGUCUUUUUUUUUGUCUUUUUUUUAAAGAGAAGGGAGGAAAGACCUACAAAUGUUAUUAUGAAAUGGUUGGAAUACUCCCACAUCAUGCCAUGAGCAUAUUUGUGGUUUGGAAACUACUCUUUUAUAGACAGGCUUUACUGUAGAGUUUUGUUCUACCACAUGGACUUUAUGGGAACACUCCCAGUCCCAUUGUGGAAAUCUUCAGAAAUGAAUUUUGGCAGCCAAGUUGCUGCUAGAAUAACUUCACCUUUUUAUACCAGUGGAAAACAUAUUCCCAUGUUGUACCCCAGUGACAUGAAUUUCAACGUGAUGCAUAUAUGUAUUGAAAAUGCACUUUUAUCUGUUGUGCUGUUUCUAAAAUUGUUACAUCAGGUGUAUUGCAUCUUGUCAUUGUUAUAUCACAUUAGUGCACCCUUAACAAUUGUUUCUAUAGCCCUGAAGGUCACAUCAUCUAAACAGGUGAUCUACCAUAUUAGCCUUUAAUGGGUAGCCAGCUGCAUAUGCAGUGGUUUUUCAUCUUUUGUCUCUAAAUCGUCCAGCCCAAGAAAAUGCUGUUUGUAGAGACCCUGCUUUUUUCAAUGGCAUAAAAAGGUUUUCCUGUUAAGGAACUGCAGAACCUUUGUCUCAUGGACACUGUAACAACAUUGUUACUGGCAGUUGCAAGAGGCAAGGUUCAAAGCGACUUACAUUCCGAAACAACUUGCUUGUACCGUAGGAUCAAUCUCUGAAACACGUCCUGAAUGAAACACAGACUCCUCUUUCAAUGUGAUUAUGCAACUGUUUUUUUUUAUGGAUCAAUAUAAAGCUUUGGCUAAGAUAAUCAGUUACAGUUUUGAUACAAGACUAGAAAUAGAUGGAAGUUUGGCUUGAUUAUGGAGAUGUUCAUCUUGUAUAUUCAUUAGCUACUAUUACUACAGUGCAGUGUUGAAUAGCAUAAUUUAUGGGGAAAAAACAUUCAUCUAGGAGGGAUAGAAUUCACUAAACUAGAGCAAAAUUCUAAAACCUUUGUUGCAACACACAUUGAAAAUUCAUUUCCCCACUCCUAAAAGCUGACUUGCUGCAGGACAACAACAGUAAAGCACUCAAGGAACAAGUUUUAAAAAUCUCUUGUUUUUAAGAAAAAUGAGAAAGAAAGAGUUUUGAAAAGCUUUCCUUUAAAGUAAAUUUCAGAGAAGAGGAAGACAUUGUGGAGGAUUCUUUUCACAUUAUUAUUGGCCUUUUUAUUGUCUUACUUUUUGGUAACUUUGUAAACUGUGAUGUGAACUAUCAUCUUUUGAGUAAUUAUUCAUUGCAAUGCAGUUGCCUUAGGCUCUGCAAUAAAUGUUCCUUUACAUGGGACAUUAAGCAAGUUGCAAAUCAUGGCUCUUCCACUUGUUCAUUUGCAGGUAAAUAUUGAUAUUGGAGAAAAAUAGAAAUUUUUAUUUCUAAAGUGACAAGGUAUUCAUUUUUUUUUCCCGUCUUUUCCAUAUUUAUGUUGCAAUGAUGAAGGCACAGAUCUGGUGUUAAGUGUUGCAGAAACUUCAACUAGGCUCCAGAAUUACAGUUGUAUAAGUGUUGCAUUGUACAAUUAACAAAAGGAAAGUCACACAUAAUAUGUUAUUACUGUAGAGCCAGUGAUUUCAGAGAAGGGGUAGCCUCAGGGAGUUGGCUAUGUGAUGUAAGAGAUAAAAAAAAUAAAAAUAAAAAAAAAAUAAAAAAAAAUAAAAAAGUCAGUUCAACAAGAAUGUGGAUAUUGCUUCAGGCUACUUUCAGCAUCAAAAUUUUGCCACCAGUAAUCUGUGGGAAAUCAUUGUCUUCCAGGUUUAGGUUACCGUAGUUUAAGUCCGUCUUAUUUUUGCACUGGCUAUUUUUCUUAGCAGUAGUUGAAUUUUAGCCAGUGCAAGGUAUAUAAUUAGCUUCAUAUUUAUGGACAGAUUGUAGCUUGAGGACCUUAUAUUAUUUUCAAGUUCAUCAUUGGGAUCUUCUGCUAUAAUGGUAUUUAUUUAGCAUAUGUGCACUUUCUUCAUAGACAUCUGCUUACAUGUUCUACAUUAUUUUAUUGUAGGGAUUGUGGAGAUAUUGUACAUAGAUUUAAACAACAAAAAAAGCAAAAAGAUACUGGCUGUAGACCAACAGCGUUUUGAUAACAAAAGUUAACAUUACCUUAAAUGCCAGUUUGUAACUUGGGUUAACAGUUAUCUAACAGCAGUGGAUGGCUGUCUUGCACACCACAGUAUUGGUCAUGACUGUUACAGUUCAUACUUGCCAAGCAGUACACCAUCAGAGCCAAAGCUUCACACCAGGGACUGCUGAGAAGUGGUUGGUCGUGCUUCACAGCUAGUGUCUUAGUUGCUGUUGGGACUUGCCUUCUCUUAUUACACACCCAUUUCCAGUUCCCCAUUUAUGUAUCCCUGCAUUCCACACCUGCCAUGCAGCAUUUGUCUCAUCACAUUAUCCAGUUCAUAUUUGUGAAGGUUUGUUAUCCGUCCUGAAGUGAUUAUGUUAUCAUUAUUAUAAUUGUUAUUAUUCCAUGUCUAAAUGUGUACAAGUUAACUUUCAGCAAACUUUAGCCACAGGUCUUCAGAGUGUUUUAUUAAUAUUGCUUUUGAGUGAAAGAAUUCACUGCUUAAAAAUUCUGUAUCAAGUAAAUGUUUCUACUUCAAUUGGCUUGAACUUUUCAUUCUGUUCUUUGUUCUCUGGAAGAUGUAUGAAACUAUCCUCAUUCCUUAUACCUUUGUCAUUUGAUGAUAAUUCCAAGGCAAAAUUGUGUACAAUGUUGGUAAGCAUUUUCAAGUCGGAUUCAAAUACAAUUUAAUUAAAUGAAAAGCCACAGUAAUGUACAUAGCAGAUACAUGUAGGUGAACAUGGCAUUUACAGGUAGGAUUUCCAAAUGAAAUACAAAAUUAAAAAGGUUGGUUGUGUUACUGAGCUAUUCUAAUUCUGCAAUAGUAGACCAAAUGUUUUGAGUAUCCUGUCUUGUUUUUUUUCUUUUUGUACCUCUGAACAAAAUUUACUAAAUGACUUUUUUUUUUUUUUCUUUCUUUUUCUUUUUUCAAUUGCUUGAACAAGUCAGGAAGCAGAUGACCAAGGCAGAGCAGGAACCUAUUUGCUACAUGCUUCUCUCACACCAUGUCUCUUGAUUGUGAUGGAGUACCUGCAUAUUUGCUCAUUGUAGUUCUUUGAAUAACGUACCUGACCCACAAGCACCUGAGGACCAUUUUUUUUUUUUUUUUUUUUUUUUUUUUUUUUUUGAGUUCUAUUUCUCUGAGGAUUCCUUUUCUUCUCUUUUAUCUUCAUCCUCUCUUGUACAUAGUAUAAUAAAGUGUGUCAACCUGGGGGAA